AUGGCUCAUCCAUGUAGCGCCUGUAUGGCUUCUCUCGAGCCCGAGGAUGGCCACGACCGCUGCCCCUCUUGCCUUGGUCUCGAGCAUUUGAGGGAGGGUCUCACGCAGGACGCCUGCAUGAACUGUAGCUGCAUGCCUUGGGCGCUUAGAGCGGCCAGAGUCGCAGAGGUGGAGCGUCUGGCAGAAGCCAACGGACACCUCUCCUUGUCGCAUCUUCCCCUAGGUCAGUUUGGCCGUUCCCGGCGACCCGAGGGAGCGAUGGCUACGGGUUCGCCCCCUAACAGGCUGUCCUCUAAGGUGGAUCGGUUAGCCGCCGACAUGGACAUGAUGAAGUCGCUCCUCUUAGCCCUUCAACCAGGGGCCGGUAUAGGGGCUGCUGGCUUGCCGCCUGCCCCUCCUUCGGUUGCCGCACCUCUGCAUGAGGAUGCCAUGUCACUAGCGGCCUCGGCUAACCUCUUCAACGAAGAGGUGGAGGACGAGGCCCCGCUCACUUCCGGGGAGGCUUCCCACUCCUCUGCUCAGGGCUCUCUGCAGGGCGUGGAGGACGCCUCCAUGGCGGCCAUUAUUCGUGCGGCCCUGGCACACUUGCAGCUUCCUGUUCCGCAGGCCGACGCGGCUCAGGCUAGCGCCUUCUUCAGGCGAUCCGGGCUAGGGCUAGGCCCUGAAGUCCCUGGGCCGGUCGUCGGCUGCUUUUCCCAGCAGCAGCUCCUCUUGGCCAAGGGCGCAAUCGAGCCAGUGGACCCCCUGCUUCAGUCCGGGGGGUUCUACUCGGCGUACUUUCUGGUGAGCAAGAAAGUCGGCGGAUUUCGUCCAGUACUGGACCUCAGAGGAAUCAACAGAUUCCUGAGGGUGCUGCCCUUCCACAUGCUGACCACAGCAGACACCCUCCGUGUUGUCACACAGGGGGAGUGGUUCACAACCGUGGACUUAAGGGACGCCUACUUCCACGUGCCGAUUGCGGCCCACCACCGGAAGUUCCUGAGGUUUGCCUUUCAGGACCAGCAUUAUCAGUUCCGGGUGCUUCCCUUCGGUCUCUCCCUCUCUCCAAGGGUGUUUACCAGGGUCGUGGCGGCAGCUCUCGCACCCCUGCAGGCACAGGGCAUGAAGGUCCUGCCGUACCUAGACGACUGGCUGGUUUGUGCGCCGUCCCGGUCCCAAGUGGCCCAGGAUACGGCGCGCCUCUUAUGUCACGUAGCCCGGUUGGGCCUGACAGUAAACACCGGGAAGAGCUGCCUGGUCCCCUCCCAACGGGUCACUUACCUGGGGUUGGUCCUAGACUCGGUCGCCAUGAGGGCUUGCCUAACACCUCGUCGUGUGGACGACAUUUCCCACCUUCUCCCCCUCUUCAGGCUGGGCAAGAAUGUGCCUUACAUUCAGUUCCUCCGGCUCUUGGGCAGACUGACGGCUGCCUCAGCCGUUGUGCCCUUAGGUCUGCUGUCGCUGCGCCCUAUGCAGAUAUGGCUGAACAGCGUUCACUUGGACGCCAAGUGGCACAGGCACAGGAGGGUCAGGGUGUCGCGCCAGUGCCUUCACUCUCUGUCACGCUGGAGAAACAGGGCCUAUCUUCUGAUGGGAGCGCCCAUGGGCGCCAUCCCAUCCCGCCGGGAGACUGUCACUGUAGAUGCAUGUCUCUCAGGGUGGGGUGCUGUGUGGCAGGGCAGGACUGUUCAGGGUCUGUGGUCCGCCCAGGAAGGUGCAUAUCACAUCAACGUGCUAGAGCUUCGCGCUGUGCUGCUUGCGCUCAGGCACUUUUUACCCCAACUGACGGACAGGCAUGUGCUUGUUCGUUCGGACAACAUGUCCGCGGUUUCCCAGAUCAACCACCAGGGGGGCACCAGGUCCGCACAGCUGCUCCGGGUUUCACAGAGCCUCUUGUCUUGGGCGUCUCCCCGCUUGGCCAGCCUGCGGGCAGUCAUUCUACCAGGGGACCAAAAUCAGGUGGCAGAUUUCCUCUCUCGGCACAAACCUCCACCAGGGGAGUGGAGGCUUCACCCAGAAGUGGUGGAGACAAUCUGGAGCCUUUUCGGCAGGGCCGAGGUGGACCUCUUUGCCUCGGAGGAGUCGAGGCACUGCCCCCUCUGGUUCUCCUGGGCAGAGGUGACCAGCCCAAUGGGGCAGGAUGCUCUGGCACACGACUGGCCAGACAGUCUCCUGUACGCCUUCCCGCCGCAGCCGCUGUUAUUACAGACGCUUCAGAGGGUCCUUACUCAGGGGCACAGGCUCCUUCUGGUCGCCCCCCGCUGGCCGGGGAGAGUUUGGUUCCCGCUGCUACGCAGUCUCUGCUGCGGCCCACCAUGGCGCCUCCCCGACAGGAAGGACCUUCUGUCACAGCUCAGGGGUCAGAUCUGGCAUCCCGACCCUCACCGCCUCCAGCUCUGGGCUUGGCCUCUGCAGGGCCCAACCCACUGUUGA